CACGCAGCGCCGGGCAGCAGGCUGACCCACAGGACGGCACCUCGGAGACAAGGUUAUGACGGAGCUGAGCUGAACAUGGAGCUUUUCUGGAUUUUGUUAUUUUCUAGUGUCUCUCCUCUCGCCUGGGGCCAAGGAGUUUACGCUCCAGCUAAUGCCCAGAUCGUGCACUCAGGCGCAGCAUGUAACGUCAAGGAUGAUAACAUCAGCGAGAGAAUCUACACCAUCAAAGAAAACGACACACUCGUGCUUCAGUGCAUCGUCAAGGGACACCCCCGGCCAGAGAUACGGUGGACGAAGACGGCGGGCAGCGCAUCAGAAAAGUUCCAAGAGAGACCAAUCUACAAUGAGACGCUACGCAUCAAGAGCAUCCAGAGGGGGCAGGGGGGUCGCUACUACUGCAAGGCCGACAACGGGGUGGGGGUGGCUGCCAUCAAGUCCAUCCGCGUAGAUGUGCAAUACCUUGACAAACCAGUUCUGACGGUUCACCAGACCAUCAGUGACGUGCGCGGCAGCUACUACCAGGAGAAGACGGUGUUCCUGCGCUGCACCGUCAACUCCAACCCUCCUGCCCGAUUUAUCUGGAAACGCGGGAACAUGCUCAUCGAACAGAGCAAGGACAACGGAGUGGACAUCUACGAGCCGCUUUACACUCAGGGUGAGACCAAGGUGCUGAAGCUGAAAAACCUCCGACCCAAGGACUUUGCUGACUACACCUGCCAGGUGUCCGUACGCAAUGUGUGCAACAUCGGGGACAAGUCGGUCACUUUCAGGCUCACGAACGCGACCGCUCCCCCAAUGAUCCGGCUGUCAGUCAACGACACGGUGGUGGUGGACCCCGGGCAGGACGUGCAGUUAACCUGUGAGGUGACUUCAGGUUUCCCUCCCCCCAAUGUGACGUGGUCGUGCUCCACCGGCAAACUUCCCCUCAGCGCACUGGUUCGAGGGGCAACGCUCAUUCUGCGGGCGGUCACACCAACUGACGCAGGCCUUUACAACUGCUCGGCCGUCAACAAUGUGGGCAACCCGGCACGAAAGAACGUCAAUGUGGUCGUCCGGACGAUGAGCAACCUGACCUUUCAAAUUACACCCGACUCCAACAAGGACAGUGAGAGCAUCCAAAUGGGGCGGGACCUCAAGCUGUCGUGUCACGUUGAUGCCACCCCGCAGGACAAGGUCAACUACACCUGGUACAAGAACGCUGCACCUGUCUUUAACUCGGACAGCCUGAUCUUGCUGCGCAGUGACCCUGACAUGGCACCUGGCACCAGCAGCUUGGAGAUCGUGGACAUGAAGUUCAGAGACUUGGCCACUUACAGCUGUGUGGCAAAUUUCCCCGGCAGCAGGGUCCCGGAGCUCCGUGUGGAUGUCAACAUCUCUCAGAACAGUGUCUCUCCUCCUGUGCUGUCAGUGCCGCCAGGAGGUCAGGUGAUCAACGUGCGAGAGGGAGGCACUGCUGAGCUGGUGUGUCUGAUAGUCGAUGGCAAACCACGUCCGCCUAUACUCUGGUCACGGACAGAAAAGGACCUAUUAAUGCCAGCUGAGAAGACUGUUGUUGAGACCGCUGACGGCCGCUUGAGGCUCAAGAAUGUCAGCCGGGACAUGAUGGGGGCGUACCGGUGCCAGACUGCUCCGUACAACGGGCUUAACAUCAAGCGCAGAGAGGCGCAGGUCCAGCUCAACGUGCAGUAUCCGCCCAUAUUGGACCCAGUCUUCCAGGACGUGCGCUACCGGAACUAUCAGAUGGUGACUCUGAGGUGUGCGGUGCUGCGAUCCAAUCCGCCGCGUCUGACAGACAUCCGCUGGUACCGUAACGGCGAUUUCGUCCGCAUGCCCAUGCCGGACCUGAAGGAGACGCCAGAGUGGAAGUUCAAGCUGGAACCUACCAACAAUGGAUCUUAUGAGUGCCGUGUCAGCAAUACUGUAGGAACAUCGACAUGCACAUUUAAUGUCUCUGCUCAACCGUAUGAUGCAGAAUUUUACUUUGACACGCCCAACCCAGUCCGGAUUCUGAAAGCUAACAACUAUUCCUACAACCUGCAGUGGACACAGAGAGAUCCCGAGGCCACGGACCGUAUCAUCGGCUACUGGAUUAAUAUCCGAAAGAACAAGCAGAGUUUGCUGUCCAAGCAGAUAGACCUCAAGGGUAAGGAGCCAGAGAGGGGGGUGCUGAUAUCCCACACCAUAGCAGACCUGAAAAUCCCCCUGUCCUACGAGGUCCGACUGGCCCCCAUCACCACCUACAGCACUGGGGACUACAUCAGUCGAAUCAUCCAGUAUUCAGAACCCUACACCUACCCGAGGCCCUCAGACCAUGUGUGUGCUUUCGAAGAUGAGCGAAUCUGUGGUUUCUCUCAAGACCGGAGCGACAUCUUUGACUGGACGAGACAGAAUCACCUGACACAGAAUCCCAAGCGAUCUGCCAACACUGGCCCCGAGACUGACCGCAGUGGAACCAAGGAGGGAUACUACAUGUUCAUUGAAGCGUCAUGGCCACGUGUUCAAGGAGACAAAGCUCGUCUGCUUUCGCCACUUUUUAAUGUGUCCUCGGUCAGGGGUCCCAAGGGCUCCGGCCGAGUACCAUACUGCGUCUCCUUCUACUACCACAUGAAGGGCAAACACAUUGGCACUCUCAAUGUUCUCCUGAGAGUGAGAAGCAUUGCCUCGGUGGACACUGUGAUUUGGACCAAGUCUGGCCAUCAAGGCCCCGACUGGCAGAAAGCGUACUUUGACAUCAGCCCCAGUGGACCCUUCCAGAUUGUAUUUGAAGGAAUCCGAGGUCAGAGUUUCGAGGGGGACAUUGCCAUCGACGACGUCUCCAUCACCAUAGGGAAGUGCAAACAGGAGAACACUGUAGCCAGCGCAGGUAAGACAGUCCUGAUCGGUGGCUCACGCUCACUCCCAUUGGCCAGCUGGCUGACCUUUGGCCUCUCCUGCCUGCUGUUGCUGCUCUACAGAUGAUGAGCACUUCUCACCACAGCCACCACUUGUCUGCACGGCCAGACGCUGCCCUGACUCGCUCUUUAACUGCUCUCUCUUUCCUUGCCCCUCUCCUCCCCUCUACUUACUUGUCACCUCACCUGUCUGUCCUCCUCGCUCACUGUCUCUCUAACCUUUAUGCAUCCGUCUCAUCAUUCCUGCUUAUAGGUAAAUGGUAACAUAAAGUCUUGGUCUACUUUCCCCUCCUGAUAUCUUUGAACAUUUC